GAGCGUUGAAUGUCGUGCGUGCUCGGUCUUUGAUCGGUUAAUCUGGCUGUAUUUCGUACCUGAAAAGUACCUAGAAGCCUUUCUAUUGGAUCGAACCAUCCUAUCACCCUGUACCAUAUAGUAUUAUUUUUCUUUUCUUUUACUUUACAGCAGCCAUUGUUGAGUGAUCCGAACUGACUGCGCGUGCCGACGUGCUCCUCUCUGGGAUCUCGCGGCGAACGCGAGGAUUACAAAUAGCUUAAUCCGCGCGCACUUGAGCUGUUCAUUUUGUGUUCCGGGUCGGCCCUUUUAUCCUGCGUUCGACAGAUGAUGUGAAUUUAUCGGAGCUGUCGCUUUUCUAUGGCAUGCACGCGGUCGGCGUUGAGCCUUUCAUUCCGUGAAGCCAUGAUGCGUCGAGGAAUCCGUCGUUUCGCGUGUCUUUAUCGAAGACGGCUGAUCACAGGUUGCUCUCUUUAAAGCUCUGGAGCAGAUGCUACCCUGGCGCAAAAAAUUGCUGCUCCAGCGAAGACAAAGUUGCGAGCACUGGCCAAGUUGAUUGAGCACAGCAAGAAGGAGCGGUGCCUCCGGCGCCUCCAUCUUGCCAUAGCCAGUGGCCAGACUGCCAGCGUGCGGCGGUACCUCAAGAAAGGAGCCGAUCCCAACUCGCGUGACACUGCGGAUUGUGACCCUACUCCUGCAGCAUGGUGCUAACCGCAACGCAAAAAACGCAUGUGGCGGCACUCCGGUGGACUUUGCACGGGACCCCGAUGUCAUUGAGGCACUGAAUGUCACAUUCAAGACCUACACGUGCACUGGCCUGUAUCGGCAGCUGGAAGGGACGCCGCUGGACAAGUGGGGCCCGCUGCGAAGGCGGCACAGCAGGAGGAGGCGACGCCAUCGCUUCCUUCUGCCAUGAAAAACAACCCAGCUCAAAGUCAGAUGCAGAAAGCUGUCAGCAGCCCCGAUUCAUCUCGCCUGACGCUGCGCUUCCAGUCGGUCCGGUCGAGGGAUGACAAGGGGCCAUCCAGGAGCCACAGCCCCGUGUCUGCUCCCACUGCUGCACCCAAAUACCCGCUGUAUUGCGUCAGCAUGGAGGCCCAGGGUCGGGACGCGUACGACCUGAAUGGCAAGAAGGAGGAGCCUUCGACCACUGCCGCCGGGGGCUCCGCUCUAGUAGACGUCGUCUCGUCAAGCAGCCCGGCACUCUCCGGCGAGGAGCAGACCCCGGUGUUGACGGGGGAGACGCUCAACGGCUCCUUGGCAGAGCCACACUGCGACGAGGCCGCUUCGGACGAACCGCUACGCAAGCGGAGGCGCAGCAGCAAUGACAGCAACAACGGCAUCUCGACAGGGAAAGCGCGUCCGUCUCGAGGCGAGAAGGCCCACUCGCGGGGGCCCGAGGCGGAGUCCAACUUUGGCGGGCCUCGAAAGCGAGGAGGCAACUCCAGCUCGGACACGGAGAGUGGACCCAGCGAACAAGAGAUGGACACGGACCAGGCGUUGGCGACCCAGGAAGCGUCGUGCGGCUCCUCGUCGGGAAACGGGCACGGGAGCUCUCCCAAAGUGCCCCCUCUCAAGAUUGUUCUCCCGCCCAGCAGUGUGGGUGGGCUGGAGGCUGGUGAGCCGGUCAGCGGGGCCUGCUCGAAGGAGCGCAAGGUAUCCUCCACCAAGCCGGCCCUGCCCUAUGUGGUGAAUUCAACGGAGCCUGUGGGAGAAGGAUCGCCCGAGCAAGGUGGCGGCGAGGCCGGGGAGCGACGGCGGGAGGAAGAGCGCUGCCAGCGCGUGACCCGUAGCAGCCAUCGGGCGGCGCUGACGCACGACGACGACGCCACGGAGGAAGGGGCCUCGACGGAAGUGCACCCGCGGAAGCGCAAGCUACGGGCGCGGGAGGAGCACCACCCCGGGAGUUUGCCGGCCCCUAGCGGGCUGCCUCCGCAACCACCGCAGCCGGCUCCCUUGGGCGAGGACGGCCUGCAGCCGGUGGCCAACGGCUUUCAAAUGUUUCUGGACAUCCGCCGGCAGGUCGAGAAGAGGCGGCAGGCCAUGGCCAUAGUACACCCCAAACCACCCCAGGGUUUUAAGGACUAUCUUCUCAAUCGAGGCUCGUACGUGCUCGAAGGAAAUCCAUCGUCGCGUCUCUCCGUGCCUGUGAUCUCGUUGCCACAGUCGCUGAGCGGCUCACCCAUGAAGGAGCUGUUUGGUGAACAAGAACAGGAGCGUUACAAGUUGCGACUGCAACACUUGAUUGAGCGGGAGAAACUGGUGCUCUCGGCUGAACAGGAGAUCCUGCGAGUGCAUGGACGGGCAGCACGUGCAAUCCAGAACCAGGCAGUGCCUCUUUCUGCCUGUAGCAUACUCAGGGACGAGGAGAUCUACAACGUUCUCAAACCAGAGCAGAUAUGCAUCAAAAGCCCAGAGUCUCUUCCCGAGAAAAAGGAUGAUAAGGACAAGAACGUGCGCUCUAGGUAUAACGGACGUCUCUUCUUGUCGUGGCUGCAGGAUGUAGAAGACAAGUGGGAGAAGACUAAGGAGAAAAUGCUCUUGCGGCAACACAAUGAGGCAGAAAGCCUGCAUGCCGUCCAGAAGUUGGAUUGGGAGUGGAAGCUCAAAGAACUCGGCCUUUGCGACGUCAAGGCAACCCCCAUCAUCGACGACAUCUGUGUGCCAAGCGUGCAUGUGAGCGACGAGUUCGAUGUGCUGCCAGCAUGACACAAAGCUCAGUCAGCACGUCCCCUGGAUGAACGUGCAUAGGCAGGGCCACAAAACUAGGACUUGUGCUGGUGCAGUGCACUGGAUGCUGAUCGGCAGACAUUGGCACGGCUGAUAAAUCACAACACGGGCAUGAAGGUGCGCUACGAGCAGCAGACUGUCUCAGCCAAGGGGACUCCAAGGUGUAGCAUGUGCCUCCGGGUGUGCAGUUUCCUGUGGAAGAAAUUGACAGUUUGCACCGCUGCACGCUUUACGGGGUCCCGUGUUAGCAGGGUGCGGUUCAGUCGAGUGCUGGUAUGUUGGUCACGAUGUGCCAUAGCUGCACAAGGAACUCCAAACUAUUAAAAUUUAUUAACAUUAUUUCAUCAGUUCAGGUGACUGAGUUGUGUUAAACAAAGAAAAAAAAAAAACAUUUCCCUCCUGGAUGUGUGAGGGAAGUUUGUGAUAUGGUAUUGUAACGUCUUGCAGUGUUUCGUGGGUGUGUGUAUGUGCGUGUAUGUGUACUGGUCGAGUGCAACCAUCCGAACCAGAUUUUGUACUAGCGAUUUUGUGCGCAUGUUUGCUUGUUGCUACUUUAAAGAAUGGAUGAUUUCAGGAAAGCAACUGAAUGGCUGUAUUUGACAGUUUUGAAGGUAUGCUUAUGGCUGUUUAUAAGAUUCGAUGGAAUUUGUGAGUUUUCAUCCCAGUUCAAGGUUCCAUUUUUUAUAUCACGUGUAAAUAAACAUAAUAUUCUCACAGUA